AUUUAACUCUUAAAGCCUCCCCUCAGAUUAUUUUCAUCACUUAUCUUUCUUUUGUCUGCCAAGUAUAGUAGGCAUCGAACACUUCCUGAAUAUUUAAAGCCAGAUGUAAUCUAGUUGUUUAAUAACAUUCAUAACAUUAUUAUAACACUGGGAGCAAGGCAAAAUGUAGACCUUUUUAAAUGUUUUACGCCAGAACAGCUAGUUGUUUUUUUAACAUCGCUAAAUAUUUAAAGCAAGGCUGAAUGCAAGUAAGUUACACAUUUUUAAGGCAAGACAAAAAUAGUCAUUUUAAAUGCCCUUUGUACAUUUUAAGAAUACCAUAAUGUAGUCUUUUAAUGUCACCUAAACGUUUAACACAAGGAUGAAAUAUAGACAUUUUUUUAACAUUCCCUAUUGUUUCAAGUAAGAUUAAAAUAGUGCUUUUUGAAUGCUCCUCAAACAUAGAAAGAAAACCCCAAAUAUAGAAGUUUUUGAACGCUGCCAAAAGAAAGACCAUUGAAAAGAUGGAAUGCGUGAUCAAAAUAUCGGCACUUUACACCAUAUGAUGGAUGGAUACCCUAUUGUUUAAGUAUGACCAAAAUUUGAACCUUCCAAGUGUUUAAAGCGGACUCAAGCUAAAGUUGUUGUUGAAUGCUCCCAAAACAUUUACAGCCCCUAUAAGGUCACAAUAAAUGUCUUCUAAAUUUGACAUACCACAGAGAAGAGUGUUUUAACAACCCUGUCAAAUUUAUAUGAUUAGAAAAAUCGCUGAGUGAAUAAAAUGAGGCUUCAAAAUCUUGGAAAAUCAAUGUGUUUACUCUGCUCUCAAACGUUUUGGGGCAUGUCCUGUGAAUGCGUUGAGACCACACACACCGCUCAAAUGUCAAUCAAAUAUCACUUCUACGAUCUGGGAAAAUAGGAUGCUAUUUAAUCUUGCAUCAUUCUUAUACCUACACAUAACUGCAUGUUGCUGUGACAAUAUAUCCACUUAAGGCCUCACAGGCAGCUGGAAUAUAUCUCCCGGUAUCUCAUCAGGUCCUCGCGUGGCUUUUCCACGCCGCCCCAGUCCACUUGCUGGCUGUCAAAUCAGAUUUAAAAAAAAAAAAAAAAAAAAAAAAACACACACAACACAUUCAUACGUCCCUGCUUUUCCGCCUUCCUCCCGGUCCAUGUCUUGCACACUCAUGGCCGACAAUGAGGUGCUCUAAAGCGACCACACCAGCGCAAGGCCUCGGUCCACACAGUGGCUGUCAAGUCAAGCUUUUAAAAAAAUAAAAUCUCCCAUUGUUUUCGUUUCCUCACACUUGUGCCUUUCUUUCUGUGACUGCCAGCGUCACGCCCCCACACGCUGGCUGUCAAGUCAAUCUUUUAUUGCUUUUUAAUCUCCUAUUUUUUCCUCCUCCUCGCUUCCACCUUUCUCACCGUGACCUGCUUGCACUCAUGCCCGACAUUGAGGCGCUGUAAAGCAGCCACGCCAGCAGACUACCCAAAGGGAAGAUGCAUUUUUGGGAUGUAGGCAUAGCUAGGAUAACCGCUGCUUUGAGCAAAAGGCGCUCAAGUGCUUGUACAGUGGGGGUUGUGCUACUGGGUGCCGUUUUAGCCACGCCCCCACAAAAUCAGCAAAACUAUCCAUCCAUCCAUUUUCUGAGCCGCUUAUCCUCACAAGGGUCGCGGGCUUGCUGGAGCCUAUCCCAGCUAAUAAUCGGGCAGGAGGCGGGGUACACCCUGAACUGGUUGCCAGCCAAUCGCAGGGCACAUACAAACAAACAACCACUCGCACUCACAGUCACACCUACGGGCAAUUUAGAGUAUUCAAUUAAUGCAUGUUUUUGGGAUGUGGGAGGAAACCGGAGUGCCCGGAGAAAACCCACGCAGGCACGGGGAGAACAUGCAAACUCCACACUGGCGGGGCCGGGAUUGAACCCCAGUCCUCAGAACUCUGAAGCUGACGCUCUAACCAGUCGUCCACCGUGCUGCCUCAGCAAAACUAAAAUGGUUCCGGCCCAUCUUCAGAACAGCUGGGAGAGCUACUACAUGGAGAUCCUAAUGGUGACGGGCCUGCUGGCCUACAUCAUGAACUACAUCAUCGGCAAGAACAAGAACAGCCGCCUGGCUCAGUCCUGGUUCAACUCUCACAGAGAGCUGCUGGAGAGCAACUUCGCUCUUGUGGGCGACGAUGGCACGAGCAAAGAAGCAGUGAGCACGGGGAAGCUCAAUCAGGAAAAUGAACACAUCUACAACCUGUGGUGCUCCGGACGCAUCUGCUGUGAGGGCAUGCUCAUACAGCUCAAGUUCCUGAAGAGGCAGGACCUGCUCAAUGUUCUGGCCAGGAUGAUGAGGCCCACCUGUGACCAAGUGCAAAUCAAAGUGACUCUGAAUGAUGAGGACAUGGACACAUUUGUGUUUGCUGUGGGCACCAAGAAGGCGAUGGCCCGCCUCCAGAAGGAAAUGCAGGACUUGAGUGAGUUCUGCGGCGACAAGCCAAAGUCCGGAGCCAAAUUCGGCCUUCCAGAUUCUUUGGCUAUUCUUACAGAGAUGGGUGAGGUCACAGAUGGCGUGAUGGACAACAAGAUGGUUCAUUAUAUCACCAACCACGCCGACAAGAUCGAGUCCAUCCAUUUUUCGGACCAAUUUUCUGGUCCAAAAGUUAUGCAAGAGGAGGGUCAGCCCUUAAAGCUGCCUGAAACCAAGAAGACCCUGCUGUUUACAUUUAAUGUGCCUGGAAUGGGCAACACUUCUCCCAAAGACAUGGACGCUCUGCUGCCCCUCAUGAACAUGGUCAUUUACAGUAUUGAUAAAGUCAAGAAGCUGCGUCUCAACAGAGAGGGGAAAAUGAAGGCAGAUCGCAACCGUGCCCGCGUGGAGGAGAACUUUCUCAAGCAGACGCACGCUCAGCGGCAGGAGGCCGCACAGACCCGCCGCGAGGAGAAGAAGCGGGCCGAGAAAGAAAGGAUCAUGAACGAGGAGGACCCUGAGAGACAGCGCCGCCUCGAGGAAGCGGCUCAGAGACGAGAGCAGAAGAAGAUCGAGAAGAAGCAGAUGAAGAUGAAGCAGAUCAAAGUGAAAGCUAUGUGAAGUUCGCCCGUCACCCUCUCAACGACUGCGUGUCACAAAGGACAUUUUGUCAUUGUCUUAUCAGCUCACCUCACUGCAUCAUGUUUUUGUCUUGGUAGUCUGUACCUGCUUGUAGAUAUAAAGCAUCAUCACGGGACUCCAUUGAUUUGUAAUCAUACCAUUAAUAUAAUCUUCAGUGACGUUUUAACUUAUAUCCACUGUGAGGUUGCUUUCCUGCAGGUUGUUUCUAAUGAAUUUCUGAACAAAAGUCAAUAAUAAAGUGCACUGGAGUCUGCU